AUGAGUGUUAAUGAGUUUGCAAAUGCACAAAGGAGUCAUUAUACGAUUAUCCCGGACGUGGAUCUCGAGGAUCCAAUAGUGGUUGAGACGCAUAUUCCAUUUGUUAAGCUACUAGACGGAAGUGAAUCAGAUGAGGCUGUUGAGAAAAGAUGGGAGCUAUACCAACAAUUGCAUUCACACUUCCAUCAACAAGUAGAUGGUAUUAUUGCUGAUGUUGAAAGUGACACAAAGAAAGGGAUAUCGGAGAUAUUAUUUCACGAUGAAGAAACUUGGAGCAGGAAUCCAUCGUUUAAUACACUGUUUCUAUUGGGAUCGGACAGUUCCACCGAUAUUGAAUUACCUAGUAGUUCAUCCUCGACAAUGAAUGCAUUAAUUGACCUCACACCCAAGGAGUCCCCAAAUGUAAGAAUGAUGCUUCGAAGAUCUAUGUUCAAACUUUUAUCACAAGCAGAUUCUAUUGUAAACAAUGGAACACUGCGACCAAAAAAUGAAGAAAUAAAUGAUACUGAUGUGGAAGUAACUGAUAGUAAGCCUCCUGGGGAUGUAUCCUAUGAUUUAUCAUUAGUGGAAAAUUUCAAAAAUAUUUUUGGUAGAAACCUAAACAUGAUAAUAAAUUUUAAAGAUGUGGAUUCUCUUAAUUUUCAGGCUCUUGAUAAUUUUAUCGUUCUUCUAACUAGUGCAUUGAAGCAUUCCCAUACUAGGAUAAGUUUAGUUUUCAAUAUUAACACGAACCUAUCAAAUUUUGAAAAAAAUUUGAGGCAAUCCACGAUCAGAUUAUUGAAGAAAAAUUCUCAUCGAUUAGAUGUCUCAAGCAAUAAGGGAUUCAAAUAUGGAAAUAAAAUAUUUAAAGGGUUUUUGGACACAGUGGAUGGCAAGUUAAAUUUGUCUGAUAGAUUUGUGAAAUUCCUAAUUCAAAAGAUGGGAAACAAUGCAAAUCAUAACUUGCAACUACUGACGAAAAUACUUGAUUAUGCAUUGAUGUCAUAUUUUUUUGAGAACCCAUUUUCGGUUUUUAUCGACCCAGUUAACGUCGUGUAUCUUAAUGAGGAUUAUUUCAACAUUCUGAAGAGAUGUCCCACGUUCAUGUUCUUUAUUGAAGGUUUGGUCAAGAAUCAGGCUUCCUCAGCAGAAAUUCUGGGUCUAUUAACAAACUCUGAUUCUGCUUUAGAAGAAUUUUUUACUGAAUUUUUAGUUCGUGAUAAUCCAAUAAAUGGACGUGCUGAAUUUGUAGCUACUUUUUUAGAAGAAGAAUUGAAGAUUAAAAAUUAUAAUUUAAUCGAAUUAUAUUAUAAUUUACUUGUUGGAAAAUUGGAAACUUAUUUGGAUCGCUGGCCACAAUGUCAGAUAUAUAAGGAAGAAUUAAUGUUCGAACCAAUUGACACAAUCUUUCAAGAACUGUUCAAAUUGGAUAACAAUAAUGGGCUACUGUCACAAAGUUUAUUCCCAUUUUAUAGGACUAAUUUGGAAGAUAACAUGUUAAGUUGGGAACGAAUCUUACCUCCACCAUUAGAGGCAGAAACCAUAAAAGAGGAAGCCAGUGAUCAAUGGAAAUUAGAACAAAGUAUGGGACCUGGGAUUGGACAACUCUUCAAAUUGUAUAGGGAAGCCAAUGCUUAUAUUAAUUUGUACGACUUCUAUUGUGCCUUUAAAAGUACUCUUCCUAGAGAACAUUUAAUGGGGUUCACUUCUGAAUUAUCAAAAUCAGAGAAAAAGUUGCAGUUAUUCCUACAGAAGUAUGAAGAUGAGAAGACUGAGAGUGACGAUUCAGUGUUUGAUAAGAUAGCAUUAAUACUUUUUAUGCAAGCUAUAUUUGAUCUGGAACAUAUAGGCAUCAUCAGCUCACAAAGUUCAAGAAUGGGUGAAAUUGUGGAUAAGUGUAUUUGGAGAGGUAUAUAG